GGGCUCACUGCAUUUAACAAUGCAAGACGGUCGUGAAUAUGUCGUUGUGAAUUCAUACGGGAGUUGAUGGUUAGCGGACCCAAUUAUUUGUUACGGUGUCCGGUUAAAAACAGCGAUGGAAAAUGAAUGAAAACGGAAACUGCUAAGAACACACAUGCCAAAUGUGUCUUGUCAUUAAAUUGUUAAUUUUGCACUAUGAACAUCUCUCAUCCAUAUCUAAAUAUGCACGGAACGACCACAACUUUGAGGGCUUGUAAAUGUCGAUUGACCGCCCGUGGUUUAUUUUUAAGUUUUUUUACACUGAUUGUUGUGUGUUUCCUGUUCCUUUUAUUUGAAUCAUCUAUUUCAUUUUAUACUCUUAAAGCAAUCUCAAUAACAAGACAGGCAGACACGACAAAUGUAUCAAAUCAUGCGUCUUACUUCAACUUUACAAACUCAACCGUAUUUAAAGCAACCGGACCAUUCCAAUUACCAACUACCGCGAACAGUGACUUACGAUUCGAAAACAAGCAAAAUGUUCGUUUCGACCUUGAAGCGGAUAUUAUUAAAACAACCAUAGCUUCCAGCCAGCCACAUCUGCCACUUAAUGUAACCACUUACAAAAAAGAUGCAUUUGUUGAUCUGAAUUUAACACGAACCGAAUCAACCACUAAUGGCACGAUACGUAAUUCCACAGAGCGCCAGAGUGAAUGCAAUAAUUGUUUUAAACAUGAUUUUGAGUAUGUUAUUCAGAACGACCACAUCUGCGACACAUUGGACACGAGCGAACACAUAGAUCUUCUGAUAUUCGUUACCACUGUGCAUCAUAAUGUCUUAAAUCGACAGACGAUACGGCGGACGUGGUUGUCAUACACUAAUAACAAUACUGCAAAUGCAAGGCACGUUUUCCUGUUAGGAAAAACAGCAGAAAACAGUUUACAAGAAUCUGUGAUGAGGGAAAAUGAAAUAUAUCACGAUAUCGUUCAGGAGACCUUUAUAGACAGUUACAAUAAUCUAACAUAUAAAACCAUCAUGGGAUUUAAAUGGGCCGCCACAAAAUGUUCUAAUGUAAAAUUUGUUAUGAAAACAGAUGACGACAUGUGGGUCAAUGUUCCUUCGAUAAUAAAAAUGUUGUCGGGAACCGGUAUGGCAAACUAUUUACAAACAGGACUGACCGGCUAUUGUCACCAAAAAGCAUCACCAAUCAGAGAUAAACGUUCUAAAUGGUACGCCUCCUUCAGUUCUUAUCCGGAGGAGUUUUUUCCAGGCUUUUGUUCAGGGACUGGAUACAUGACCAGCAUAAAAGUCGUGUCGGAUAUUUACCAUGUUUCUCCGCAAGUGCCUUUCUUCCAUUUGGAAGACGUCUACGUUUCAUUGUGCGUUCGGCGACUCGGAUAUUUGUUAAAACAAACUUCAGGUUUCCUCGCAGGGCCCAGUAAUAUAUGUGAUUACAAAAAGGAUAACGUCUUAACAGUUCAUCAAGUUACACCUUCGAAGUUGAUUGAGAUAUGGAAACAGGUUUGCAAUCCUGCUUGACUGUUAAUCCUUAUGAGUCAAAAACAGCAAACCAUGUGCAUAACUAUUGUCAUGAAAUCACUGUAGUUUUUUAUGUAUAUGAUUUUCAGAAAACUGUAGUGAGGAAUUAGUUUGAACAUUCUUUUUCUACGACAAGAAGUAGAAAUUGCUCUAAAAAAUGCAUGAAUAUGAUUCUUAUUUUUGAAGUGUUCUGUAACUUGAUUAACCCAUACACUCUUAAUGAAAUAUUAUUUAAAAAGCAAUAUUUUAAAUAUUGUUCCCAUGUAUUUGAAAAUGAGCUGCAUAUACUUGUUCUGUCAUGGAGUAGUGGAAAGCGUAUCCAUCUAUCCACCGGAGGAUCAUGGCUUUGAUCCCAAUUGUGGGAUUGUUCCUUCGAUACCCUACCAAAAAUACACAAAUUACUGGUUAUACACGGCAAAUGGUCUCGAGAACAUUUUGAUGUAACUAUAUUUUAUCAUUUUUGCAUGAUGUGGAUUUUUAGUUAUAUUUUAAGGUAAAAGUGUGAGUUUUGUUUGAUGAAUUUAUAGUUUAGUUCAUUAUUAAUUUAAUUACGUAUAUUCAAGGUCAAUACCAUUUGUUUGAUGGAUAAUGUUGACAAUUUACUCACUCGAUUGUUUUUAUAAAUGUUUUAAAUUUAAACAUAACAGCUUAGUACAACAAUAAUAAUAUACGUGUUCUUCCACGUUCUACAUACCGUAAAAACGUCUGUACCAAAAGUAACAGUUACACAACAGCAAACAUAUUGAGGUAAACCUGGAGUGAAAAAGUAAAAGUAAACGUGCUAAUAAGGUGAAUUUGUUAGCUGUGUAUUUAUUGAUAAUUGUUUAACAUGAAACUUGUGUCAUUUUGUUUUGAAAAUCUAUAUUCAUAACUCACUGGUAUUGCUGACUACACUUAACACGACGCACGCAUAAGAAUAAGACAUUUCACCAGUGGGUCUAUAAAAAACAUGAUAUAACCUCGAGUUUUUCGUUGACCCUAUUUCUCAAGAACAAGCACUUGGCAUUGAUCUGAAUAAGAAAAUGUUGGUUAUUGUUUCAAUUGAUAUGCUUCCGUAUUUAAAGCGGUUGAUAUAGAUUAAAGAAAUGCUAAACUGAAAUGCUAAACUUAAAUACGGUAAUCGUGCCCGUACAUACGUGAAACAAAGUCAUAAACAUAGCCAAGUUAGAAGAGUAAAUUUAUGUCAAGCUUGUAUUAUAUUCAGAAGACGUCAUCCGGAAAUCUAUUUUCGUUAGAGAACCCAUCUUAUAUAAAGGUAUAUACUACGCUGUCCCAUGUCUUCCAUCAACAGGUGUUUCUUUCAAAUAAUAACGGCCGAUACGUUAUGUGAUUUCGAAAGAAUGUUAAUUGCUUUUACAGGGUAUGUUACCACAUAUUAGGUUUUUUUCUAAAAUCUAGGCUAUGACGUAGUCAGUAUUAGUCGAAUGUUGCCAAUAAUACCAAUUUGUGGUGCAUUUGAAAAUAGUGUACUUAAGUGUUGUAAUGUCAAAAUGACUCGGUAGAGUGUCUGUCUGACCGGGUGAUCCUGUGUUCAAUCCCUAUUGCGAUCGGGGAGUUUUUUUGACUGGGUUACAUUUAUAAACAACGUUAAAUACCCGCAUAUGGUUGUGUAUGUUGCAGAGCAGUAUUUUUUGUGUAGAUGUUCUGUAUAUAAAUGGUAAGAUGUUUUCGUCUCAUUUGUUUCAUUAUGUUUAAUUUCUGUUUGAAAUAUAAUAGUCUUUUGUAAAACAUUGAAGUAGUUUGAGGGGAAUUGUUGACGUAUCGUCUCGUUAAUAUGACCAUGGCAA